UAUGAUGGACUCCACUUCCUCCGCCUAAGUUGGGCUCUGAUUUCCCACGUCCACAAAGAUACCGCUUCCCAGCGUAGGUGGACGCACGGGAUUCCUUUCCGUGAGGUAUCACCUGGGCAGGUGCAUGCACACAGACAGCGGAAAGGGGCUGAUGAGAGCGAUUCCAGGGACUGAGUGAGGGCAUGACCCUCUCCACCCUCCCCGGUUCGGUUCCUUUUUUCAUGAACUUGGUGUACUGUUAGCAUUUCUGCACAACUCAUUGGGGCUAUGAGUAAACGGAAUGGCAAUCAUUUCUCUAAUCACAGCUCAUCAGCAUAUAAAGUUUCACAAGACAUUGGCAUUGUCCACCACACCCACGUCAGGCGCUGCGACGCCCGCUCCGCGCUCCGCUCGCACUCGCCCGGCUUUCACCCUACACCUGUGUCGCUUCCGCGGACGCAGUGGCAACCUAUGCUUUGCGCGCCCAGUGGCCUCGGUCGCGGUGGCCUGACGCUGCCAAGGCGGUGAGAGGUCAUCUGGGAAGUGUCUCGCCGGGAACCGCUCUGCCUCCGAAGGCCCCCUCGGUCCUCCCGCGGCGCCCUCCUCCGGCCGCGGUCACCCAGGUGCACAGGAAGCGCCAGGGGAGGACGCAGGUGCGCGGGGGAGGGGGGCGCUGGAGGCGCCGGGCGAGGAACCCCAAGCUCGAACCUGCAGACCCAGCGCGAAGUAGAAACUGAAAGUACACUGCGGCGAAUCCUACGGAAGUUCUAGGAAAGGCAGAGCCCAGACCGCCGCGGCGUGUGCCGCGCCCCCUGGGAUGGAUGAAGCAGCGGGCGCGGCGUGGGGCAGACGAACCAGCCGCAGAGACGGCCACCCGGUCCGACUCCCGCCACCGCCGCGCACACCGGGGUCCUGGCAGUGACCAUGGCCUGCGAGAGCCCCCUCGAGCUGCAGCUGCGGUCAUCAUGACCACGCCCGCCUCCCGCAGACCAUGUUCCAUGCGUGCAGCACGUGGGCAUCUGCAAGGUGACAGAGAAAAGGUCAUCUCUCUACUAUGCAUAUACAUCUGAUUACAAAGCUAGGACCUGACAAUCAUUAGUUGGUCAUGCUUGAGAACCUUCGGCAUGAAGGAGCAGGAGUAGAAGAAAGCUGCAGAGCUUACCUGGAAGUGGUUUGCAUUCGGAUCAGUGUGCUUGCAUGUUAUCAAAAUAUCGUGGCCAUUUCUGAUCAAAUCCUGGUGAGGCAGCAAGGCCAGGUUAAAAUCCAGACCUGGCAAUUACUACCUACAUUUCAGAAAAAGAUGAACUUGCAGAACUCUUUUGGUCUUUGGAACUAGUAUGUAUCUGACACUUAAUGCUUGGCACAUGUUUCUUUCAGGUAUAUCUUUGGAAUUCCUCCCCUGAUCCUCGUUCUGUUGCCAGUCGCGUCAUCUGAUUGUGAGAUCGAAGGUAAAAGUGGCGAAGAGUACCAGCAUGUCAUCAUGGUCAGCCUCAAUGACCUGGACAGGAUAAGAGAAAAUGAUAGCAAUUGCCUGAAUAAUGAACCUAACUUUUUUAAAAAGCAUUCAUGUGAUGAUGAUAAGGAAGCUACGUUUUUAAAAACUGCUGCUCGCAAGUUGAAGCAAUUUCUUAAAAUGAAUAUCCAUGAGGAAUUCAAGCUCCACUUAUCAAUAGUUUCACAGGGCACAUUAAAACUGUUGAACUGCACCAGGAAGAGAGGAAGGGAGAAGGAUAAAGAGUUAGAAACGUCGAUGGGAGAGAAACAUCUAUCAGCUGCCUCCUGCACACUUCCUACUGGGGAUAUGCCUGCAACCAAGGAUAAAGAAAAAAAACAACCUUCCUUGGGUGAAGUCCAACCCACUAAGAAUUUGGAAGAGAAAAAAUCUUCGAAGGGACAGAAAAAACAGGAUGAAAUGUGUUUCCUCAUGAUACUACUAGAAAAGAUAAAAACUUGCUGGAAUAAAAUUUUGAGUGGCACUAAAGAACAUUGAAACGUAUGGCGUGACAAUAUAAAGACGUGAACUUUAGUUGCAUCCCUCAAGAAUUGAACUGCUCGUGCAAUUUUCCGGGGUAGAACGCCUCCCAGAAAUUACUGAAUGCACCUGGUAAAAAUGGGUUAGAGCAAUUGAGAAAUACAUGCUGUGGUACUAGAAGGACACAAGCAAUGGAACCGAACGCUGCAAUCAACGGACUAUUUCCUAUGUGUGUGCACAUGCGUCAGCUGGUGUUAAUUUGGGGCUGAUUUUUGUAAGACGAUCCAUGUAAGGUAUUAGCUGCAAUAAUCCUUUUUAGACCUGUUAAAAAUGUUCAGGAGACAUGUAAAAUCUGUGGUGUAUAUAAAGGUUACAAGGAUUAAAAAUUAGCUUUGCUUUAUUUCUUUAUGGCCUACUAUGCAUCAGUAUAAUGCAAUGAGUGUGGACAGUGUCAUCUUCUGGCAGAGUUGACAGUGAGGUAUGGAUAAUGCCCAAGAGAACAAGUCAUGUAUCUUAAAGCAGAAACGUAAAGGAGUCCAAGAUGCUUUCAGAGGCGUGUGACUGUGUAGCACAUUGCCUCCAGUAGAUGGCAUAGCAAAUGUCCUAAAAUGAAAACAAAGAAUAAUUUCACAAAAUAGGAAGUCACCUGUUUUAAGGCUGCUAAGCCAUAGUACCGAGUUUCUUCUGUCAUUUACAUGUAAUAAAACUUGUCUAAAUGAGUUUGCAAUUUGGGAAGUAUAUUUUUAAGAGAAUAAUAUAUGUUGCCUUUUAAUUAAUAGAGUGUGUAUAUUUAAUUUUGACACUAUAUCUGUAUAUAAAAAUAUUUUCAUACAGUAUUACGAACAAAUUACUUGCUUUGGAUAACAUUUCUCCUUUGAUAAUAAAUGACCUGUGUAUUAACACUGUCAGAUUCA